GCAAACAACUAAAAAAGCAUACAAGUACGAGAAGCUGGUGCGGGUUUUUUGUUUGAUUUGUAAUUUGUUUGUUGAAGAGAGUCGUGGAUAUGAUGAUGAAGAAGAAGUCAGCUGCUAGGUAUUACGAAGAACGGAGGAAUCUACCAGUAUGGGUGCAAAAAGAAGAGUUUCUCCGAACUUUCAUGGAGAAUCAGAUGGUGAUGGUGACCGGUGAGACCGGUAGUGGUAAAACAACGCAGAUCCCACAGUUUGUUUUAGAAACAGUGAUGGAUGAAAAUUACCCUAGCUCUGAUGAUCAGUGGUUGGUUGGGUGCACGCAGCCUCAUCGAGUUGCAGCCAUAUCUGCCGCACGUCGUGUCGCCGAAGAGAUGGAUGUAAAGAUAGGGGAAGAAGUCGGUUACACAGUCCGUUUUGAGGAUUGCAGUAGCUCCCGAACAGUGCUCAAAUAUCUGACUAAUGAUGUGCUUCUGAGGGAAGCCAGGGCGGAUCCGCUCUUAGCUAGAUACAAAGUGAUUAUCCUGGACGAAGUGCAUGAUAGAAGUUUAGCCACGGAUUUACUUGUUGGUAUUCUUAAACGCACCUUGACUAGCCGACCUGAUUUUAAACUUGUUGUGAUGAGUGCAACCCUAGAGGAGUAUUUUAGUGGUGCGCCUCUCAUCAAGGAGUACUUUAGUGGUGCGCCUCUCAUCAAAGUCCCUUCUAGCCUCCAUCCAGUGGAGAUCUGGUACACUCGAGAACCCGUGAUGGACUAUCUCGAGUCUGCUAUAAGCAAAGUUAUCCAGAUUCACAUGUGUGAACCAACAGGUGACAUUCUUGUUUUCUUGACCGGGGAAGAAGAGAUUGAACAAGCUUGCAGUAGAAUUAUCCGUAGUCUUGGAGAUCAAGUCACAGUUGUGCCCUUGUAUUCCUCUCUUCCAUCAGCCGUGCAACACAAGAUCUUCGAUCCUACACCAAAGUCAUUGAGAAAGAUCAUCGUCUCCACCAACGUUGCUGAGACUUCUUUGUCCAUGGACGGGAUUGUUUAUGUGGUUGAUUCUGGUUUCUCCAAGCAAAAAGACUACGACUUUCACACUGCUGUCGAGUUCUGGUUGGUGUCCCCAAUAUCCCAAGCAAGUGCUUACCAGAGAGCAGGACGUGCCGGUAGAACACGGCCUGGAAAAUGUUUCAGGCUCUACACUGAGCAGACUUUCAAUGACUUCCCGGUUCGGGAGACUCCUGAGAUAGUUAGAUCAAACCCUGUUAACACAGUUUUGACUUUGAAACAGCUGGGUGUGAACGACUUGAAAUCGUUUGAAUAUAUAGAUCCUCCUUCCCCUAAAAUGCUCUUACGGGCCUUGGAGGAUUUGUUUCAUCUGGGAGCUGUAGAUGACCAAGGUAACUUGACAAAUAUAGGCCUGAUGAUGAGUCUAGAAGAGCCACUUUGAAUUUAUAUUAUAAAGUUCUUUUCAUUUUUUUUUGUUGCACAGAGACUAAAAUAUAUGAAAAUUAUUACAA